AUGACGUCACUGUGGUCAGUGCCUCUGCUCUCCCUGCUGGUCAGCUCUGCUCUGGGCGCCACGCAGGUGCGCAUCUCUGAGCACUGGGACGGCGGCUUCAAAGGGGAGCCGUGUGUGAAGAUCACGAAAGAACUACACACCUGGAAGGCCCACUUACAGUUUAGCAGUGACGUCAACACAGUAGAGGCAUGGAACGCCAGCCCAAGCAAGGUGUCCAGUCGAGAGUUUAUCUUGACCAACGACUGGCAGACUCUGCACAAUGGCGACCAGCUGUGCUUUAUCUUCAUCGCUAGGACCAACGGCAACUCUGUGCCCAACUCUUUCAUCUACCUUGAGGGCAUGGACGGCCCUGCCAAUGUGGGAGGAGGAGGAGGAACACCCUCAGGAGGAGGUGGGAACACAGGAGGAGGGAACACCGGAGGCGGCGGCAGCGGCUCCUCCUCCAAAAAGGACUACGGUAUCGCCCUGGGCAAGUCCAUCCUGUUCUACGACGCCCAGAGGUCCGGCAAACUUCCCGCCAACAACCCCAUUCCCUGGAGGGGUGACUCAGCCCUGGGAGAUUGCGUCACUGGGGGCUGGUAUGACGCCGGAGACCACGUCAAGUUCGGGCUCCCCAUGGCCUCCUCAUCCACCCUGUUGCUGUGGUCGCUCGUGAGGUUCAAGGACGGUUACGUCAAGGCUGGACAGCUAGACAUGAUGUACGACAUGAUCAAGUGGCCCCUGGACUACUUCCUCAAGGCCUGGAACCCGGGAAAACAGGAGCUGGUGGUGCAGGUCGGUGACGGCAAUGCUGACCACGCGUUCUGGGGCCGGCCAGAGGACAUGAACAUGGCCCGUCCCUGUAAGUACGUCAAUGGUGGCACCCCUGGGAGUGACAUAGCUGGUGAGACGGCCGCUGCCCUCGCCGCUGGAUCCAUUGCCUUCAGGAGUAAAGGAGAUUCCGGCUACGCUGACCGUCUUCUGGGCGCUGCUAAGAGCCUGUACGCAUUUGCCAAGAGCCAUCGCGGUGUGUUCCAUGGCAGCGCGCCUUUUUACGGGUAA